UGUCCCUUCCACCCUCCUCCACUAGGGGCUCCGCCGCCGUCUCCUCCCGCGUUCUCGCUUCUCCAGCCACCACCGCUAGCAAGGGCCCCUUCUCAUGGCGGUGGCGGCGGCGUCGACAGGCGGGGAGGGGGGAGCAGUAGAAGGCAGCGGCACGGGCGCUCUGCUGCGUAUCUUCGUGGGCGGGCUGGCGGAGAGCGUGGGCGCGGCCGACCUGGAGGCCGUGUUCGCCUCGGCCGGGCGCGUCGCCGGCGUCGAGUUCGUGCGCACCAACGGCCGCAGCUUCGCCUACGUCGACUUCCACUGCCCCUCCGACAAGGCCCUCGCCAAGCUCUUCUCCACUUACAAUGGGUGUAAAUGGAAAGGAGGGAAGCUUAGGCUGGAGAAGGCCAAAGAGCACUACCUUACUCGCCUGAAGCGAGAAUGGGAGCAGGAAGCAGCUGCAGCAGCACAGGAAGCUGCGGUGAAAGAUAAUGUGGAGAAGCAGGACAGGCCGAAGCUGGAUAAGGCUGCUUUGGAUGGCUCUAAGAUUAACCUUUACUUCCCAAAACUGAGGAAGGUAAAAGCCUUGCCUUUUAAAGGCACAGGAAAGCACAAGUACAGUUUCCGACAUAUUGAAGUUCCUUCUUAUCCGAUUCAUUUCUGUGACUGUGAGGAGCACUGUGGACCUCCUGAAGCAGCUAAUAAUGAGUACGCUGCAGUUCUUAAUGCUGUUGUGUAUGAAAAGGAACGGAACAUUAUGAAUUCUGUGAUGAACAAGCUUUUCGAGAAGGAAAAUGAGCAUUUUGAUUCAUCAGAAAUGAAGAGAUGUGAUGUUCAUACUGAUACCAUUGAACCCUCUGAUGCUGUGAAUAACAUGCAAAUUGAAGAAACUGAUGAGGCUCCAGAGGAAGAUAUGCAAGUGGAAGAAGUUGAAGAGUCUUCAGACGAAGAUUUGGAUGAUGACCUUGUGAUCAAUAUUGCUCCCCGCAAGUCCAAUAAACCAGCAGGGCAAGCAAACAUGAAAAAGCAGGAGGUGAAAAAUGACCCACAGUUAAGAAAGUGUCCAAAUAUUGAGGAGGCUUCCCUGCCAAAGAAGAGGCAGAGAAAUGAGGCUUCGUCUGAGCCUGGAAAAGGGAAACAAGAACCUAUUUCAGUUAUCUUAGACACAAGAACUACAGGCAAGCCUUUAACUGUUAAAGCAGAAGACAGCAAAAGCCAACUGAAGUCUCCAGGUUUUACAGGAAAAGGAACAUAUGCGUUGUCUUCAACACUCCCAAGAGAUGAAAGCUCUGCAGAUCUUCAAGGUGUCGAGGCUCAGACAAGUUCGACCAAAAAUGAAAGUGCACAAAAUGUGGCUGCGAAUGAACCUAAAAAGGGCUCGAUGUGGACUCAGAAAUCAGCUUGGAGAGAUCUUGUAGGGGGCAUGGGAAGCACACCUUUCAGUAUAUCACAGGUGCUGCCGAACACCCAUCCAACGCCAUCAGUACUUCCAAAUGUCAUUGAAAAUGCGAGAUCUUCAGAAGUCUUGGAAGCUACCAUGCAGCUCCCAUCUGAGCUGAAGUUGCCGAGUUCUGUGGAAAUGCUGUCUUCUGGCACUACAGAUGGGUCAACUGGUGGUAAGUGUAAGGAUAUUAAUAAGCCGCAGAAGGUGCGGGUGGUCCCAAAGAUCACCAUCGGUGAAGUCUGCCCUUUCAUGAGAAAUGCAGAGUCACAAAAGCAAUGGUCAAAGGCAAAGAAAGCUAUAACUGGGUUCUCGAAGAAGAGCAACGAGAGCAGUGGAUCCAAAUCCAAUGCCCGGAAGGGAAAACCAUUGAAAAAGCUAUGAAGCUUUUGUUUUCUGGGCUGUAACGCGUUGAUCAAUAUUUCAAUACUGUCAAAGUCAUGACCAUAGCUGUUGUGUUUUGACGACUCUGAAAUACCAACGGCUGUUUUUGUAAGGGCAAUCAAUAUUUCUGUUUGCAUGUUGUCAAUACUUCUUGCACUCUUGAUUCAAUAUUUUUUUUGGAUAUGGUAAAAAAAACUUUGCCAAUAUCAUAAAA